ACAUUUGUUAUUGUGAUAAGAUUCAAAAUGUUGUUCCAUUUGUCCGUUUAUGAUUCAUUGCAUUUGUCAAGAUUCAUUGUUCAGUCUGCAGUCAUUGAGUCUUAACUGUUUCGACAUUGAAUUUUAUAUUUUAAUAUCGCAUAUUUGUUUUUCGUUAAUUGUUUUACCAAUCUCUUAAGAUGGUAUUUGUUUGUGCCGUUAGAAAGUGUGUGAACAGCAAAGUUAAAAGCCAAAAUAAGGAUUGUAAAUUACAUAAGAUUCCCAAUGAUAAAACACUUGUUCACGAGUGGUUACAAAAUUGCGAUAGACUUGAUCUUCGUGACAAGUCAUUGGAAUACUUGCUAAAGAAUGUACGAGUUUGUGGUAAGCAUUUUACAACUAAAAUGUUAAGUAAUCCUGAACACACUCGAUUGUUACCUAAAGCAGUACCUACUGAAUUUGGUGAGUAAAUAUAAUUUACAUAUUUUUGGCUAACAUAAAAUAUUUAGCUAUAGCCCACGAUAUAUAAUUAUUGAUUAUGAUUUAGAAUUGUGUUAAUUGAUAUGCUCAAAUUGUUACAAAAUAGAAAUACAUGCAAUAUUGUAUACACUUUUCAUCGACCUUUAAUAUUAUUGUUUAACGCGCUAUUAUUAUUUUAUUGAAUUUAAAGUUUAUCACCUAAAUAUAGUCUUAGAUAUAUUAUUAAUUUAAUAAUAAUAUUUGUUUAGAAUUAACGAAGGAUUAUUUGUAACUUAGAUUUCAACUAUAUUAAUGUUAAUAAAUGUAAUUAAAUAAUUA